GACGUUCAGAAGGCCACGGAUUCCUCUGUUCCAUCACCGCUUUUCUUAGGAGGGCCCCUUCCCUCGUAGCAUAAAUUAGUCGCCAGACGACGACUGGCUCUUAAACCAGGUUCCUGGCCUCGCACCGACGCUCACAAUGGCUGCUUCCAUUCUUCUUCCCACGUCGGCUUGCACAAAACUGGCUGAUUCCGAGCUUGCUGGAAUGCGGCUGGAAGCCAAGUCAUUGAAGUCGAUCCCUGCCGGUCCACGGAUUGCGGGAUGGAGAUGUGAAGCGCCUAACGAGGAUUACACGACAAGAAGGGCGCUUGUGGCUGUGUCCGGGGCUGCUCUUAUCGGCGCAUUGGCUCUACCCCAGAGUGCACAAGCAGCACGGAAGAAGCCUCCUCCUCAGGAGAAGGAAGAGAAGACAGACUUGAAGGGGUACCAGGCCAAGGUGUAUGAGAACAUGAAGCGGAAAGAGGCUCUCAAGGACAGAGUCGCUGCUUUGAAGAAUCAGUGAAAGGACCAACGUUUCGUCCAAAUGGAAUGUCCUGGUGAGUUUUAUUUUCCGGAACAAGCUAUGACGGUAGUAAUGAGGAACACCGCACAGCACCAAAUACCGCUCUGUUAUUAGAAGUGGAUGGCAAUUAGAAGAGUUGUAUGCAACCAUGCAGUUGGUUGGGGUGUGAAGGGAACCUGGAAUGUUGGUGUCUCAUUUAGGACGAGUGGAAAGUGCUGCGAGCACAGGUUUUCUGAGCAACUACGAAAGGAUUGUCAUGGUGGAGAGUUUGUGAGGUGUGAGAAGAUAUGAGGUGGAAAAAUGGUUUUUCCAAUGUGAAGCAUUCUGAAAAGUGCAUGAUGUGAUGUGUACUGUUCAUUCAAAAACAAAAUAGCUGAUUUAUG